AUGCUACUACAAGUCCCUUGGCCAUUUUUGGAGCGGAUGUCCAGAAGCCAGCGUGAAUCCCUGAGCCAGACCCCUGAUACGGCUAUGUCUGUGUCCUCCUCAGUGGCUGAGUUUUUGGAGGGUAAGGAUCUCCAGUAUCGCAACAACAUCGAGUACAUCAAGUCCGUACACAAGGGCCUAACUGAGGCACUCGAUUCUCAACUACUAUCGAAGAAGGAGUUUAUCGAAGCUGUCAAUCCAUUCUUGGAGAGGAUGCAUGUAGUCCGUGAGGAGAUGAAGGUUCUCUCUCGACAGCGGAAGUGUAUCCAAGACGACCUUGAAGACCAUGGUCCAUUUAAGCGGAGACGGAUUGGGGAGCUGAGAACAGAGAUCCUCGAAAGAGCCUAUUCUAGCAGCAUCAUCGCCCGUGUUAUGGCCACUGCAGGGAAGCAACUUCGACUCACCAAUUUUAAUCAGUCUGCCUUCAAGAAGUUGGUCCUCAAGUACUAUGCUAUUCCUGAGGGGGGUUGGUGCCAUUUAACCGGCCGGUGGGCCACCAAAGCGAUCAAAGCGGCACAUUUAGUGCCGAAGAGCCUCUCUACUGAUGAGGUGGCGCACCUAUUUGGGGUUGAGGAGCUUGUAUUGGAGGAUCCUUCGAAUUCUCUACUACUCCACAACAGUGUUGAACGUGCCUUAGACACCGGCAAGAUUGUUUUUGUUCCUAUCCUAGAAGACAAUGAGGUCGGGAAUCCUUCGCGGUGGAGAUGUGUCCUCGCGGAUGAAUCUGCCCGCAAUAAUUGCGCUAUUGAGCACCCCAGCGGGGUCCUGAAGUGGGACGAUCUUGACGGGAGAGAGCUGGUCUUUCAUGGCGGCGCUAGACCAGCCAAGAGGUACAUGUACUUCCGGUUCAUCGUCACGUACCUAUACCACAAGCAGCAGAAGGAGGUGUCCUCUGCUAGCCAGGGAGAGAAGGAUAAAGCCUUCGCAUCAUUUACCGAAAGGGUAGAGACGAGCAAAAGGUUCUGGCCAACGCCUGGUCCGUACCUACGGCGCUCGAUGCUCUGUACUCUCGCCCGAAAUAUCUCCGGCAGUGAAAUUCCCCCUGAGUUGAUCAAGGAUACAACCUUUGAGGGGCAGACCCCCGACCAUGACGACAUGGAAGAGGGUCUGGUAUCAGCGCGGGAGGUGUACAGUGCGAUGAUUGACUCUGUCAAGAAACACGAGAUGGACUCGGAGCAAGAGGAGAGUUCAGAGGAAGAAGGGGCAUGGGAUUCUGGAGAUAAGCCGAUGUUUGACUAUUAG